UUUGUAUUUACCGUUACCAAGUUACCUUAGUUUGUACGCGGUUUAUACUUUGAAACUGCAACGCGAAUGUAACUUAUUUGUGUCGAAGAGGAUGAUGGUAAAUAGAAUGUUGUGAUGACGUCACACCAAGAUGGCGACAUCCAUGGAAAAUACGAAACGAUCCGUUGACAGAAUUGAAGAAGAAGUUACACAUUCCAGUGACGAAGGAGAAUGGGUUGGACCAGUGCCGACCGAGGCCAGUAAGCCAAAGAAAAGAAAGGUACUGGAAUUUGAACAUGUCUACUUGAUGAAUUUACCUAAUGCUGAAGCUUAUGAAAGAAGUUACAUGCAUCGAGAUGUCAUUACUUAUGUUAAAGUCACCAAGUCUCAAUUUAUUAUCACUGCCAGUUCUGAUGGUCAUGUUAAGUUUUGGAAAAAACAGGACUCAGGAAUUGAAUUUGUCAAACACUUCCGAGCACAUUUAGGUUGUAUAGAAUGUAUCUGUGUCAGCUCUGAUGGACUGUUGUUAUGCACUGUUGCAGAUGACAAAUCAGUCAAGGUUUUUGAUGUCAUUAAUUUUGAUAUGAUUAAUAUGAUGAAGCUGCCAUAUGUAGCUAGUUGUUGUGAAUGGAUUUACUCAUCUGGGGAUCCUAUACCUGCCCUUGCAUGUUCUGAGAAAGACAGCGGUGUAAUUCAUGUCUAUGAUGGUAAGGGAGAUGGUACACCAAUACACACAAUAGACAAACUUCAUUCAAAAAAUGUUGUUCUCAUAGAGUACAAUCCAGUAUAUGAUGUGGUCAUAUCAGCAGAUAGUUCUGGCAUGUUGGAGUACUGGGCAGGUCCCAAACAAGAUUUUACGUUUCCCAAAAAAACAGUCAAAUUCCAAUUCAAAACAGAUACUGAUUUAUAUGAAUUUGCAAAGUGCAAAACAGUACCUACAUCAUUGAUUUUUUCACCGAAUGGUAAAAUGUUUGUUACAAUGUCCUUUGAUCGCAGGGUUAGAAUAUUCCGUUUUUUAACAGGUAAAAAAAUUAAAGUUAUUGAUGAAUCUUUGGAACGUUUCACUGAGCUGCAGCAAAUGAGACAACAGCUGCCUGACAUGGAGUUUGGUCGUCGCAUGGCAACUGAAAGAGAUCUCAGUAAAUCGAAAUCACUGAAAUAUUCAAAUGUUGUUUUUGAUGAGAGUAGUAAUUUUAUAAUGUAUUCCACAAUGCUGGGAAUUAAAGUGAUCAAUCUUCACACAAAUCAAUGCACACUCACACUUGGCAAGCCAGAAAAUGUACGUUUUCUUCAUCUUUCAUUAUUCCAAGGCAAAAUUGAGAAAGUACAAUCUGCAGAGACUUUGGAGAUGAAAGCCUCUGACAAUCCAGCAUUACAGAAUGUAUUUACUGACCCAACACUCUUCUGCACGGCAUUCAAGAAAAAUAGAUUUUUCAUGUUUACCAGGAGAGAACCACAAGAUGUUAAAAGUGCUGAUGCUGAGAGAGAUGUCUUCAAUGAAAAACCAACCAAGGAAGAAGUAAUGGCAGCUACACAGUUCAGUAUUCAGUUGUUGUCUUUCUCUUUGUAUAGGUGUCCCAAGACUGUUGAAAACUUCUGUGUUCAUAGCAAAAAUGGAUAUUAUAAUGGACAUAUUUUUCACAGAGUAAUAAAAGGAUUUAUGACGCAGACAGGAGAUCCUCUUGGCACUGGAACUGGUGGUGAAUCAAUAUGGGGUGGUGAGUUUGAAGAUGAGUUCCAUCCCAACCUAAGACAUGAUAGACCGUACACAGUGUCAAUGGCCAAUGCAGGACCCAAUAGCAAUGGUUCUCAAUUCUUUGUGACAGUAGUGCCAUGUCCAUGGCUUGAUAACAAACACACUGUGUUUGGACGUGUAGUAAAAGGAAUGGAAGUCGUACAAAAGAUCAGUGAUGUCAGAACCAAUCCAAAAACUGAUAAACCAUACGAUGACAUCCGAAUAAUUAGCGUAUCAUUGAAGUAGCCAAUUAUGAUGGCUGGUUAUAAGUUGUUGGUUGCUAGUUAUUGCCGAUUAAAAAUUGUUUUCAGCCUGUUACUGCUGGUGAUGAUUUGGUCAUAACUAGUUAUGAUUGCUGGUUAUGAAUUGUUUGUAGCAGUUACUGCAAGUUAGAAUUUUAUGUAGAUAUUCGGAAUUGCUGCAAACACUCAGCUUGACCUAAAAGCUAAUCACAUUAGCUAAACAUCACACAUACUAUUUGCCAUCUUCAACAGUCAAAUAUGAACCUAUCAGAAAACUCCAUUCAUGGUACGACUGUUUAUUUAUUUAUGUAACAUUCUCUUGUGUAAUCUUCAG